CGAAUAUUAUAACAUUUGUUUAAAUUAAUUUCCAUCACCAAAACCAAUCCGGUAAUCACCCACGCCGGAAAAUGUCCGCCGUUUCCUCGUCCGCCACUUGCCACGGCACCGCCUCUCCCUCCGUCGUUUCCUCUUACCUCCCUUUCACACGCGCCACCUACCUCCGUCACCGUCACUUCCCUAGACAACUACUAUCACAGUCACGUUUCCAACUCACCUCCCGCAUAAUCUCCUCAACAAAACCCUACAUCACUCUAACACCUAGGGUUUCCAAAUCAGACACCAAUUCUCCACCAGAAUCAUCCGAAAUCGACUGUGUAGGAACCGGAACCGAUGUGGAAUGCGUGUAUCCACCGGAGGGAACAGGUGAUUACGGAAUCGAAUCACCUGAAACGGCGUCGUUGAGUGAUCUAAUUUGGGAAUGGACGCUACUGAUUUCGCCGUUUUUCUUUUGGGGCACGGCUAUGGUGGCUAUGAAGGAGGUUUUGCCCAAAUUAGGACCGUUGUUUGUUUCGUCGUUUCGAUUGGUUCCUUCUGGUUUGUUGUUGGUUGCGUUUGCUGGUUCUCGUGGUAGGAAGGUUCCCGUUGGGGUUAAUGCUUGGUUGUCUAUUGCUGUGUUUGCUAUUGUUGAUGCUACUUGUUUUCAGGGUUUUUUAGCAAAAGGACUGGAGAAGACAUCGGCUGGCCUUGGCAGUGUUAUAAUUGAUUCACAACCGUUGACGGUUGCGGUUCUCGCUUCCUUGCUAUUUGGCGAAUCAAUCAGUUUAGUUGGAGUUGCAGGUCUGGUUCUCGGUGUCGUAGGCCUUGCACUUCUAGAGCUGCCUGCUAUUUCAUUCGACGAGAAUAACUUCUCAUUAUGGGGGAGCGGGGAAUGGUGGAUGCUUCUAGCAGCUCAAAGCAUGGCGGUUGGUACCGUCAUGGUCCGAUGGGUUUCUAAAUACUCAGAUCCCGUUAUGGCUACUGGAUGGCACAUGGUUCUUGGUGGGAUUCCAUUGGCAGCAUUGUCAUAUCUUGUUCAUGAUCCUGCUCUCAAUGGGGGACUCAGCGAGCUCACAGCAAAUGACGUUUUCGCCCUUCUGUAUACCUCUGUGUUUGGCAGCGCUAUCAGCUAUGGCUUAUACUUUUACAAUGCUACAAGAGGUAGCUUGACAAAGCUUAGCUCUCUGACCUUUCUAACUCCGAUGUUCGCUUCGGUUUUCGGUUUCCUCUAUCUUGGCGAGACUUUUUCACCGAUUCAACUAACAGGGGCCGUGGUAACUGUUGCUGCCAUAUACAUGGUUAACUACAAGAAUGCUGUUGAAUGAAACAAAUUGUUGUUUUGAAGAUAAUGCCAUUGGAUCUCUGAAAUACUCUCAAGCCCUCACCUUCUAUAGGGAUUAAAAGGGUGUUGAAUACAGAUCCCAACAGGUAUGUAUAUAAUCAUGGUUCUUGUAAUCUUGCAUUAUAAGCCAAUUUUCCAUGAUGUAGUACAUAUUAAUGUAAACUAGGGAAAUUCCACCACGCAACCCCGCAGGAAACAUGUAUGUAGUACAAAAAAAAAAGUAUUUACGAUUGUAUUAGGUUAAAUUACACGAAGGUUCCCUCCCAAAACGAUAUCAACACAUGUUUUACAUUGAUCGAAAACUAUAAAAAUGAUACCUAUACUGA